ACUGGUACAGUGGACAACAAAGCAGCCGAGGUCUUAAGGAGAAUAAGAGCUCUACUAAGAAAUUUUAAAACACUUUAAACAGUUACACGCUUUUCGAAGAACUCUUCCUUUAUUAUAUACCAAAAAUGUCCAACUUCGUUCUGCAAUCCUGUUUAGCAUUACUUGCUUGCUGCUGUUUGGUUACCGCCAAUUACGUGCCCGGUGUUUCCUAUAUCGACGACGUAGAACUCUCUUACAAAAAUGAUGUUUGGCGGUGUGACCGUAUCGUCUGCCCAGUCGGCACAUACGGCUGUAAAAUCGUGAAGGAAAACGUAGAGGACAGAGACGACAUUAUCAGGCGGUCAAACAGCUGUUACGAUGUGAAUGGCCAUUCUUUUGCCCAAUUUUUGCAAACCGAGACCUUGGUGUACCCGAAGACCGUCGAAAUUUAUGUAAACUCAUAUGUGGGCGCCUCAAGUUCGUGGUCUACUGGCUACAAUACGGAAUUCCAAUCGGUGAACGCAACGAUCGACGCCGAUUCAUGGCCCAAGUCACAAAAUUAUGUCAUUUGUCUUAACUCUCUUUCUCAAAAAUCUCGAAAAACUAUAGCCGUCUAUAUAAGUGGUUUUAUUAUACUCGUAACAGUUAUAUACAUAUAG